ACGCGAAUCUGCUAGCCAGCAGCAACGCGUCCGUGCUCCAGCAGCCCAUUCUAGCUAGCCUGAAUACGCCGGCACUGGCCAGCAUGCAGGCCUCUGCGGAGGCCAACUCGCUGGACAUUCAGGCCAUGCAGUCCAUGGACUGGCUGUUCAAGAAGGAGCGCAUAUACCUGCUCGCCCAAUUCUGGCAACAGAGGGCGACACUGGCGGAAAAGGAAGUUUCUGCGUUAAAGGAGCAACUUGCCGCGGCGAAUGAUGGGAAUUCGAAGACUGAGGGACAUAAAUUGUCUCAGACUCCACAGGGAAGUGAUCAGCAUCAAGUACACGAUGCCAGCAAUCCCAGGAGGACGCCGAACACCAACCUGGAACAGGAACUGCAAGCGAAAGACAAAGAGAUCAGUCAGCUGGUCGAGGAAGUGUCCAGGUUACAGCAGAGCCUGCAGCGUCUCCAAGAAACGAGUGCACAGGCGACGGCGCGGCUCGAGGAAGAACUGGAGGCUCGCAGACAGCACAUCAGCAGACUGGAGAGCAAACUGGAGCGACAGAGGGACUACGACGACCUGAAACGCGAGAUUAACGCGCUAAGGUCGGUCGAUCUCUCUCAAAUACCAACCGGUGAACCUGGCAAGAGCUUGGAGCACCUUCUAAUGGAACGGUCUAAGGCGCUUCAGCAGACCGAGGUCUUGAAGCCAUCCAACACACCGGACGCGCUCGGUGGAUUAUCGUCACCCCUGCAGCGCGCCUCUACCGCCUCGCCCCACGGGGUCGGGGGUGUGCCGCCUUCGUCCCACGUGUCCUCCCAGCAACCACCGCCGCCGCCCCCAGCAGCAGUCUCCCUUCCUCCGCGUUCCACACCGACACCUUCUUCAGCCACCUCAACCACCUCUAGCCUUCUCUUCCCACCUCCUCUCCAAAACGUCGAGACAUUCGGCUCCUUCCUCGGCGAAGAGAUCGUCGCUAACUGGAGGCGGACAUUGGAGAGGUCCAUCAUGAAUCAACAACAGCAGCAGCAACAACAACAACAGCAGCAGCAGCAGCAACAACAACAGCAACAACAGUCAACUGCGCUGAGUCAGUUGUCGCAACAACAACAGCAACAGUUGCAGCAAGUUCAACCACUGAUCGGUUUACAUCCACCUACCAGUACCAGUAAUUUAAAUCAUCUUCCAUCACCAACGGACCCAUCGUCCAGCUCCAACACGCCAGCCAAGUCGAACACACCGUUAGGAACCACUCCACUGAGUUGCCUUGAUGCCGAGAAGGCUCCGACACCAGUGUCCGGUCACGAAACGCCCGCACCGCCCACGCCAUCUUCCACCACCGCGUUAACGUCACCGCCAAGCUUUCAGCCACCCUCGACAAUGAUCGAGACAACCACAUCCUCAGCUUCCGUGAACGGUGGAAGUUUGACACCCGCUGUACCAGCAGCACCUCCGCCGAAAAGUCCCGCGGACCAAGAAUCCUGUCACAAUAACAACAACAGCCAUCAUCUGGCCAACAACAAUAUCGGAAGUCUGAGUGUGCUGGACACGCUUAAGAGUCCGUUUCGUUUCGACGAGAGAACGCAUCCGUUUCGAUUCAGCGACGAGUUCGGUGCAGCUGGAAUGGCCGGUAGGCUUGGUGAAUCGCUGAUACCGAAAGGUGACCCUAUGGAAGCGAGGUUACAAGAGAUGCUACGGUACAACAUGGACAAGUACGCUUCGCAGAAUCUGGACACCCUGCACAUAGCCAGGAGGGUCAGGGAGUUGCUGUCGAUACACAACAUCGGUCAAAGGUUGUUCGCCAAGUACGUCCUCGGGCUGAGCCAAGGAACCGUCAGCGAGUUGCUAAGCAAACCGAAGCCAUGGGACAAGCUGACUGAAAAAGGCCGCGACAGCUACAGGAAGAUGCACGGUUGGGCUUGCGACGAAAAUGCUGUUAUGCUGCUAAAGUCCCUGAUACCCAAGAAAGAGUAUGUUUCAGGCAAGGAGCAAGGAAUGCCAGCGUUCGCGCGCGGUCCACAGGAAGGUGGUCCGCCAGAAAUGAGUGACGAAAGGUUGGCUCACAUCCUCUCGGAAUCAGGCCAUCUACAGAUGAGGGGCGAGCACGAGGUGUCGAACGAUGCUGACAGUAAGAGUCCAAACAGGAUCGGUUGCCCAAGCCCCUUUAACAAAGAUAGGCUCGACAGUCAGAAUAGGAGACUGAAGAAGUACGAGAACGAUGACAUUCCGCAGGAAAAGGUAGUCAGGAUCUAUCAGGAGGAGCUAGCCAAGCUCAUGGGUAGAAGAGUAGAGGAUCUACGUGGACCUCGAGAGUUCUCUUCCAGCGCGAUGUUUCCGCACUUUUUCAGCGGCGCGCAAGGUGGUCUUCAGGGCAUAGAGCGUACACAGGAAGACAUUCGGCUGGCACUGGACGCGUACCAUCGUGAACUGCAGAAGCUGAACGCGACACCGGGGCAGAAUCCGUCGCUAACUGGACUACCAGGACUGCCUGGUCUACCUGGCCUACUGGCGCUUCAACAACAAGCUCUUCAACAACAUCAUUUGGCGACGAACGGCGGAGGUGUGCAAGAUCUAAGCCUGGGCAAGGUGGAUCCCAGGAACAAAAUGAUAAACGGCGUGUCCGAGGAGGAGAAGGAGAAGAUGGAGGAAGUGAUGAGACACGCGGGUAGCGCGUUCUCAUUGGUCAGGCCGAAACAGGAACCCACCACUGCACCACAAUCAACGCCAGGUGGAUCUAGCGCAAGUUCACCUCUUGGCAACUCGAUUCUUCCACCGGCGAUGACACCUAGCGAAGAAUUCUCUAGCGCAGCAGCGGCCAGCCCUCUUCAGAGGAUGGCCUCUAUCACGAAUAGUCUGAUCAGUCAACCGUCCACGCCUACCCAUCACGCGGCCAAUCAAAGGCCGCUGAAAGCAGUACUUCCACCCAUUACACAGCAGCAGUUCGACAUGUACAAUAACUUGAACACGGAGGACAUCGUGAAGAGAGUGAAGGAACAGCUGUCUCAGUAUUCCAUCUCGCAACGUCUGUUCGGUGAAUCAGUAUUGGGUUUGUCUCAGGGAUCCGUGUCCGAUCUGCUGGCGCGUCCUAAGCCCUGGCACAUGCUGACGCAGAAAGGCCGCGAGCCCUUCAUUAGGAUGAAGAUGUUCCUCGAGGAUGACAACGCGGUGCACAAGCUGGUGGCCAGCCAAUACAAGAUCGCUCCGGAGAAGCUGAUGAGGACCGGCGGCUACGGUGGCCUGCCUCGUAAGUUUAACUCAGCCUGCGGAACACCAAUGAAGCCGAUGCCUCCGACGAAACUGGUCCAGGAGCAGCUUCAGAACGCCGCGAAGGCGCAAGCAGCUGCGCAGGCAGCCGCUCAGGCAGCGGCGCAACAUCAACAGGAGAGCCAGUUGCAGCUUGGUCCCCCUCAGCAGAGCCCUCAGCAUCCUCAACACCCUCAACCACCACCACCGAUGAUGUUAACGCCGCCAGGUCCUCAUCAUCCUCACGCUCAGCUCAGUAUGCAGGAGCUGCAGAAGAAGCAGCAGCAGCAGCAGCAACAACAGCAGCAACAGCAACAGCAGUUGAACCUUCACUCGCCUCAUCAUCAGAUGACACCGUCGCCUCUCCGUGGUCUUCAUCCGCACAUCUCGCCCAGCGUGUACGAAAUGGCCGCGUUAACGCAGGACUUAGACACCCAGACGAUCACCACGAAGAUCAAAGAAGCGUUACUGGCGAACAACAUCGGCCAGAAGAUCUUCGGCGAGGCUGUGCUGGGAUUGUCGCAAGGAUCGGUGAGCGAAUUGCUGAGCAAACCGAAACCAUGGCACAUGCUGAGCAUAAAGGGCAGGGAGCCAUUCAUCAGGAUGCAACUUUGGCUAUCAGAUGCGCACAACGUUGAUCGGUUGCAGGCGUUGAAGAACGAGCGUCGGGAAGCGAACAAAAGAAGGCGUAGCAGUGGUCCAGGUCACGACAACAGCUCGGACACCUCGAGUAACGACACAGCCGAAUUCUAUCACGCGGCGUCGCCUGGUCCAGGACCAGCCUCCGCGAAGAAGCAACGAGUUCUCUUCUCGGAGGAGCAGAAAGAAGCUCUGAGACUCGCGUUCGCCCUCGACCCGUAUCCGAACGUAGCUACCAUCGAAUUUCUGGCUGGUGAGCUGGCGUUGUCCUCGCGGACGAUAACCAACUGGUUUCACAAUCAUCGGAUGAGACUGAAGCAACAAACGCCGCACGGGCAACCCGAGCCUCAGUCCCCUAGGGAGCCUGGGCAACCGUUCGACCCAGUUCAAUUCAGAUUACUGUUAAACCAAAGACUGCUGGAGAUCCAGAAGGAGAGACUGGGUCUGGGCAACGUACCUUUGCCUUACACUCCCUAUUUCAACCCGAAUCUGGCUGCCUUAGUGGGGAACGCGCUGAAAGAGCAGUGCUCGGGUUUAGAUCUGUCGAUGAACGCGCUGAAGAGAGAACCGAAUCAGGAGUUUGAAGACGAGGACGUGGAGGACGCGAUGAGCAACCUGGGCAGCGAAGACUCUGAGGGAUCAGCGGGUAGUAUAAAAAGGGAGCCCGCGGAGACGCCUACAGCGCCGACGACGGUCAGAUCGAACAGGAGGAAACCUGCCGCCCCACAGUGGGUGAACCCGGAGUGGCAAGAGCCGGUAAGAACGGGCGACGAGGUGAUCAUCAACGGUGUUUGUGUGAUGCAGACCGACGAUUACGGAGUGAAGAGAGAAGCUGAGGAGACGAUCAGGGUGGAACCGACUCCGGUGCAGGAUAGAUACGAGGAGGAUGUGCAGAGUGACGUAUCCUCCGUCUCUGGGAACAAUGGCCAGGAUCGGGAUAGUCCUCUGCCCAGUCCUAAGUCUGGACAGAACAGUCCUGUGACGUCGCCUAGGCCGCCCUCCACGCAGCAGACGCAACAGUCCACCGAGGAGAGCCCGAAGGAGAGCGUAGUGAAACACGAACCAGAAGAAACGUGGGACUAUUAAAUGAACGCUCGGUCCACGGGAUACUUCACGAGAGAUCAAAAAGGGAUGGACGUUGUCGAGACAUGCCAAAACAAUGCUGCGAACGUAAGGACUACUACGGCCUAGUUAAGUUCUUAGAGAGGAAACAAACCAGUCAUAGGAUUCGACCAGGAGGCCUGAUUGGUCGAUUCCUGCCUACCAUGAGGGCAUUAUCAUAGAGAGGCGUAUACAAAGUAGAAUACAAAGUGAAAGAAAAAAAGGAGAGAAAUGGACGAAUGAACGAAAAAAAAAAAAAAAGACAGCAGUGUGCAGAAAACUGAACAGUCGGUGAAACCUUUAGGCUGCUUGAGAAAAGAAUACGGAGCUCAAUCAAAAGGACUCUUUUUUUUCGUAACAACGUUGUAAUCUGUGCGAGGAUGGGGAUAGUGUGAUGUGCAUAGUUGCUACGUUUCGUGGAUUCGUAUUGUUAGAAGACUGUGACGCGACGCGACUGUCGUGCAAUCGCUCGAAAUCCGAAUAGAGCCUGGCCCGCUUCCGUUUCUCGAGUGAAUCUCGUUUAAAAGAAAAAGGAUCGUGAAGUAAGAGAAAAAGGAACUGGAGAGAAUCAGAGAGAA